AUGUCGCGAAAUCAAAGUUCAUCAUCAUCACCACCACCACCACAGAUAUACGCUAUUGGAGUUGGUUUACCACGGACAGGAACAACAAGUUUACAUGCCGCCCUUGAAAUUCUCUAUAAUGGACGUUGUUAUCGUCUGUUUGAAGAUAUGAAAACACGAAGACAUGAUGUAGCUAAAUGGCAAAGAUUGAUGGAUGAAGCGAAAUCAUCAAAAAAUGCAGUAAUUAAUAAACAAACUGUUUAUGAAAUAUUAUCAGGCUAUAAUAGUAUGGUUGAUCUACCAGGCUCUGUACUACACAAAGAAAUGCUACAAAUAUUUCCAAAUGCUAAAUUCAUUCUCACUUGGAGAGAUAAACACGAAUGGUUGAGAAGUAUACGUGAAACAAUCUCCCUGCCUAAAGACGAAUUAUUCGCCGAAGGCAUAAUUGGCCAGUUGAUUAUCAGAUUACUUGUUGGUACAGGAAUGCAAAAAUUAAUUGAAAAUACAUUAUACUACGCCUACGGGAAAGAAUUUGAUCAUCAUGAAGACGAUGAAACAUGCUUACAGUUAGCCGAAUUAUAUAUAGAAAAGGUGAAACGCAAUAUUCCAGCGGAUCAGCUAUUAAUUCAUCAUUAUAAAGAUGGUUGGGAGCCAUUAUGCAAAUUUCUUAAUUUACCUAUCCCCGAUCAACCAUAUCCGCAUAAAUUUGAACGUCAAGAAAUCAAAAGCUUCCUGAAUUAUUUACGUAUUAUAGUGUAUACUGCAAAUUAUGCAAUACCUGUUAUCUGUGUACUAGGUGCUUCAUGGUUGGUUAAAAAAAUAUUUUUCCAGCAUAAUUAG